AAGAGAGAGAGGGAGUCCAAACGCUUAAGACCAGUCUCUCUCCUUUUUUUUAAUAAUAUAUCUGUUAUUAAAUCCGAAUCCGAGUUUAGAUGAGGUAGAGUGAGCGAGAGAGCAGAGCACAGUAGGUGAUAAGAGGAGUAGAGCUUUUGGAUAAAUUGUUGUUUUGAUCAUUUUACUUUGAUGAAGGAAGAUCGCUCGAAAAUGGCGGCCAAGGAUGUGCAGCUGGAUCCACGCUCCGCCGCUAUUUCUGAACCACUUUCCUCCUCUUCUUCCUCUCCCGCUGCAUUCAACGCCGUCGUAUCUGCCGCGAACAAGUCCCGGAGCUGCGAAUCUACUUUGCCGGUCACUCAGCCGCCGUGUCCAGGCCAUGUCCUCGAGAACGUCCUGGAGAACGUGCUCCAGUUCCUCACCUGUAGACGCGAUCGCAACGCCGUGUCGCUGGUGUGCAGAUCGUGGUAUCGGGUCGAGGCUCAGACCCGAUUCGAGGUCUUUAUCGGCAACUGUUACUCGCUCUCUCCGUCUCGGCUCACUCGCCGGUUCAAGGGCGUUAGGUCACUGUUGCUCAAAGGGAAACCUAGGUUUGCUGAUUUCAAUCUCAUGCCUCCCGAUUGGGGAGCUCAAUUCGCGCCUUGGGUUGCUGCAACAGCCAUGGCUUACCCUUGGCUCGAGAAGGUCAAUUUGAAGCGGAUGUUUGUCACGGAUGAUGAUUUAGCGCUUCUCGCUGAGUCCUUUCCUGGGUUCAAGGAGCUUAUAUUGCGCUGUUGUGAAGGUUUUGGGACCAGUGGUAUUGCUCUUUUUGCUAACAAGUGCAGACAGCUAAAAGUCCUUGAUCUGAUCGAGUCAGAAGUCACCGAUGACGAGGUGGAUUGGAUUUCUUGUUUUCCCGAGGGUGAAACGCAUCUUGAGUCUUUAUCCUUUGAAUGUGUAGAAUCCCCUAUCAAUUUCAAGGCGUUGGAGGGGCUUGUGCUUAGGUCACCGUUCUUGAAGAAGCUUAGAACGAGCAGGUUUGUUUCCCUUGAAGAGCUGCAUCGACUCAUGGUUCAAGCAUCGCAGUUAACGAGUCUCGGGACGGGUUCGUUCAGUCCAAAUGAUGUCCCUCAGGGUGAACAAGAGCCGGAUUAUGCAUCUGCAUUUCGUGCUUCUAAAUCCAUAGUUUGUCUCUCAGGAUUCAGGGAAUUGACACCAGAAUACCUCCCAGCUAUCUCUCCAGUGUGUGCUAAUCUCACCUCUCUUAACUUGAGUUAUGCUAACAUAUCUCCUGACAUCCUCAAGCCCAUCAUACGCAACUGCCACAAUAUCCGAGUCUUCUGGGCUCUUGACUCGAUAUGCGAUGAAGGACUUCAGGCAGUGGCUGCAACAUGCAAGGAACUGCGUGAGCUUCGAGUUUUCCCUUCUGAUCCUCUUGAAGACAGCGAAAGCCCUGUCUCUGCAUUAGGCCUCCAAGCGAUUUCAGAGGGUUGUAGGAAACUAGAAUCUAUCCUCUACUUUUGCCAGCGGAUGACUAAUGGAGCUGUGAUAGCCAUGUCUGAGAACUGUCCCCAGCUUACCGUGUUCAGGCUUUGCAUAAUGGGUCGUUAUAGGCCUGACCACGUGACAGGAAAGCCAAUGGACGAUGGAUUUGGUGCCAUUGUUAAGAACUGCAAGAAGCUGACCCGACUUGCAGUAUCAGGAUUGCUCACAGAUGAAGCUUUUAGCAUUAUAGGAGAGCAUGGGAAAUUGAUCCGUACGUUAUCUGUAGCUUUCGCUGGGGACAGUGACAUGGCUCUGAGAUAUAUUCUCGAGGGUUGUCCUAAACUACAAAAGCUUGAAAUCAGGGACUGUCCCUUUGGAGAUGUUGGAUUGCGCUCUGGUAUGCAUCGGUAUCACAAUAUGAGGUUUGUUUGGAUGUCGUAUUGUAGGUUAACCAGGGGAGGCUGCAGGGAUAUUGCUCAUGCUCUGCCUAGUGUAGUGGCGGAAGUCUUUGGAUCAGAUGUUGAUGAUGACGACGACAAUGCGGAUUAUGUUGAGACAUUGUACAUGUAUCGGUCCCUUGAUGGCGCAAGGAAGGAUGCACCAAAGUUUGUAACAAUUUUAUGAAGAAAAACCUUGGUGUGUAUCUGAGGCUGAUUGCUGCAAAUGCAAAUGAUGCCAUUCGUGGAGAAAGCUACCAAAUCAGAAGAGACUGUGUUUGUAACUGUAAAUGCUUCAGAUACACAAAGCAUUUGAUGUGUUUUUUCCCCCUCUCUUUUGGGAAGAAAAGGUUAUGAAAUUGAAAGAAUGAAACGUCUAUUGUUGUUGAUUGUGUGGUAAUCAUGGUUUUUCCACAAACAUUACCAGAUUUAUUUACAGCCAUUUCACGAUUA